UGAAGUAUACACUUGACACCAAUUCUUGUCUAUGCUUGACACUAGGCAGUUGCGUGAUAGAUUAAAUUACUUCUAUCUAAAUCUAUCGUGGACAGUUGUUACUUGUGUCUUGUAUUUACCAUUUUACUAUUUAUCGGAGCCAUAGACAUAUAAAUAAUUUUUCAUUAAUAUGUCUAUGUUUGGAGCCCCCGAUGACCCGAUCACUGGAGAUCACGAUUAAAGAUAUAUAUCUCUAAUCGUGCUGGAGAUUUAUGAAUUGUGAUAAUGUGAUCUAGUUCCAUGAGUAUCCACUUAUGACGGCGCUAGUAAUGCUACAAGGCAAAAUACCCCGUACCUCGACCUGUUCAGUGUUCAACCAUUAUAAUCUAUAUUAUGUUCAACAACAUUCCGUUGUCAACCUCUGAAAGUCUGAACCUCCCCACACCCACCGACCAUUUCGCGUCUAGUCCAUACUGACCGUACUCAACAAGAAUUAAGAUAUAAUCUUAAUUCGUGAUACUCAAUAGCCUAGUCCUGUUUAAUUCUUUUCUAUGCCCGUUUGUCUCCGUCCGUGAUUCAUUAUAAUAUUAUACUUAACUAUGGCUUAGUGAUGAGUGCUAUAAAGAAUAAAGAUCUUUAAUCGUCAUGACGCGGGAUCACGUAUAGAUUUUUUAAUAGUAUGCUCGGGAUCUAUAUCUUAUACAUAUAGGUAGUAUUGUCUUUUCACUAUUUAGUAUUUCAGUACUUCUGUCUUCAGACUUUACUCUUCGAGUCUUCGAUAUUUCAGUCAUAGAAAACGGAAUAGAUUUCAUCUGUUCUGUGCUUCAGUCAUUCUCAAAUCUGAACUCAGCGGUUUACGACACAUAAUUUAUAAGUUUAACCACAGAAAUUAUGAAUAAUAUGGCAGAUAGUAACAAUAAUAUUAUAUUAUUUGAUAUGGCUAAAAAUGAAAUGUUUGAUAUCAAUGAUAAUUUGAAAAUUUUGAGAAGGAAAUUGCAGGGAUCUUAUACGAUUGCCAUAAAUAAACAUGAGAUCACAGUGGAUGUCUUAAAUGGUGUGCAGUUAGUUGUAUUUGGAGCUCCACGUGCUAUGUUUUCAGAAGCAGAAUUUAAUUGUCUUCAUAAAUAUAUUGAUCUUGGAGGAUCCGUAUUAGUUAUGUUUUCUGAAGGAGGCGAAAAAGAACUACAUACUAAUAUAAAUUAUUUAUUAGAAGAAUUUGGUAUAAUGGUUAAUAGUGACUAUGUAUUACGCACACACUAUUAUUUAUAUUUCCACCCAAAAGAAUGUCUGGUUAAAGAUGGUGUUGUUAAUGAAGCUGUGGCUAAAUAUUUGGACCGAGAAAAUGAAAACCCAUCAAAAUGUAUAAGUUUUGUAUUUCCUUAUGGUGCUAGUUUAAAUGUGGCUAAACCAGCUGCUCCUAUACUUACUAGUGGUUCUGUUGCUUAUCCUCUUAAUAGACCACUCUGUGCUUUUUAUUCUGCUUCAAAGUAUUCCAACAAAGGUACCAUUUAACAAAUAUUUAAUAAUACACAAAUUGCAUUAUAUUGUGUUAAUUGAAUU